AUGGUCCCUAAUGAAGAACUUCAGUACCUGGGAAUAAUCCAGUUACUUCUCCAUUUUGGAUGGAAAUUCAUAGGUUUCAUCACAAUGGAUAACGAAGGUGGAGAGCACUUUUUGCGGACCUUGGAGGCACUGUUUUCUCAGAAUGGAAUCUGUUCAGCAUUCAGUGAAAUUAUUCCAAAACAUAUUGCUCUUAUUAGCACGCAGGAAAUGUUGGAUCUCUAUCUCAAUAAUCUUCCUUCUUUCAUGACAAGCAGAGCCAAUGUAGUCAUCAUAUAUGGAGAAACAACGUCCAUUGCAUGGCUGAUAGGUAUUCUGUGGAUAAGAAUGUUGACCUCUGAAACAAGUGCUGAAUAUGAGGAAAUGAGAUCUGUCGGAAAAGUCUGGAUUUUGACAGCUCAAACUGAGGUCACAUUAUCUAUCUUUACCAAGGCGUUUGAUAUGCACAUGCUCCAUGGUGCUCUUGCCUUCACAAUUCACUCAAAGAAAGUUGUAGGCUUUCAAGAAUUUAUUCAGACCAUCCACCCUUCAGCAGCAGAAGGAAAUGGUUUUAUCAAAGAUUUCUGGGAGCAAGUAUUUGACUGUUCCUUUCAAAAGUCCAGGGACCAAACAGAAUUAAUGGAAUCCUGUACUGGGAAUGAACGUCUGGACAGUGCACUUGCACCUAUUUUUGAAAUGAGCAUGACUGGCCACAGCUACAGCAUCUAUAAUGCUGUGCAUGCUCUGGUGCAUGCUUUUCAAACCAUGUACAAACUGAGGUCCAAUACCAGAGGAAUGGAAGUUGUGGACAGAAUGUCCCCUCAUGCUGUGGAAACUUGGAAGCUUCACACUUUUUUCCAAAGGAUCUCAUUCAACAACAGUGCUGGAGAUGAAAUCAUCUUCAAUGAACAUGGAGAAUUAGUAGCUGGAUUUGAUAUUUCUAAUUUGGUCACUUUCCCAAAUAACUCCUACAUCAGAGACAAAGUGGGAAGGCUGGAUCCACGGUUUCCUCAUGGUGCCAUCUUAACCAUUAAUGAGGAGAGAAUCCAGUGGCAUAAAGUCUUCAUUCAGUUGCCUCCCUUCUCUCUGUGUAAUGACAAGUGCCAUCGUGGUUAUAGCAAGAAAAAGAAGGAGGGCGAGAAAUUUUGCUGCUACGAUUGUGAACCAUGUUCGGAAGGGAAGAUCGCAAAUGAGGAGGAUACUGAUCGUUGUGUUAGCUGCCCAGAAGACCAAUAUUCAAACAAGGGUAGAGUUCACUGCAUACCCAAAGUUCUGGCUUUCCUUUCUUUUGAAGAACCUCUGGGCCUAAGUUUAGCUUGCUUGGCUUUUUUCCUUUCUCAGGUCACAGUUCUAAUGCUUGGAAUAUUCAUAAAACAACGUGACACACCCAUUGUCAAAGCCAACAACAAGACCCUCACCUAUAUUCUCCUCAUCUCCCUCCUCCUUUGUUUCCUCUGUGCUUUGCUCUUCAUUGGAAAGCCCAGUAAAGUAAACUGUCUUCUUCGGCAAACUGCAUUUGGCAUCAUCUUUUCCAUCGCUGUUUCUUCGGUUUUGGCAAAGACCAUAACAGUCAUUAUGGUUUUCAUGGCCUCCAAGCCAGGAAACAUUUUUCGAACAUCGAUGGGGAAAAGAUUAGCACAUUCAAUCAUGUCGUUCUGCUCCCUUAUUCAAAUAGGUAUAUGUGUGGUGUGGCUGAGCACUGCUCCUCCAUUCCCAGAUCUCGACAUGCACUCCGUGUUUGGAAAAAUUAUCUUGGUAUGCAAUGAAGGCUCUUUUAUCAUGUUUUAUUGUGUUUUGGGCUACAUGGGCUUCUUGGCCAUGGUCAGUUUUACUGUGGCCUUCUUGGCCAGGAGGUUACCUGACAGUUUUAAUGAAGCCAAGUUCAUCACCUUCAGCAUGUUGGUCUUCUGCAGUGUUUGGUUGUCCUUUAUUCCAACCUACCUGAGCUCUAGUGGAAAAUACACGGUGGCCGUUGAGAUCUUCUCCAUCUUGGCUUCCAGUGCUGGGUUACUGGGCUGCAUCUUCUUCCCCAAGUGCUACAUCAUUGUCAUGAGACCUGAUUUGAACAAAAAGGCUCAGCUAAAUAGAAGAAGGAUUGAAUGA